UCAAGUUGGUUACAAUUCUGUACAGAAGCAUAAGUCUACUAUCCAAUGAGCCCUAUUCCGACUACGAAAAAUCCCGAUGACUAUGAUCGCCGAGUGGGAGUGGCAGCCUCUACACUGAGUGAUGAAGUGGAAGAUGCUUCGGACGUUCCUACUAUUUCCCCGUUUAUCCAGUCGCCGAGGUCGGAGUCCAUGGCCAUGUCCUCAGCUGAGCACCCUCGACAGCUGAUGUCGUUGCUGCCUGUGCUGUGGCUGCGGCUGAGGAGAGCCAAACGGGCCAGAAGGUGUGUGCGGAAGACGUGUUGGCCUACUUCAGGCGUUAUGACCUCGAGAACUUGCUUACUAUGAUGCUCAUCGAGUUGGGAGCUCACACCCCUCGGGAUCCUGCUCAGUUCAUGUGUGACUACAUUCGAGCUAAUCUCCCAUCGGAGCGGUAUGGUGCAGUUGAAGACAAUGAUUAUGCUAACAGUUGCCACCAGGCUGAUGAGUUCAUGCAUCAUGAUGAUGACGACGAGGAGGAGGAGGACCUGGUCCCUCCAGCUCCACCACCACAGUUGGCUAUCUCUAGGCAUGUGUCUCAUCGUUUGAGCCACGACCUCACUAGUACUGCUAUAAGGAGCAUUGUACUGCGACGGGUGUCCAGACAGUUGGAGAAGGAGAACCCCAGUGUGCACGCGUUCGUUCAGCAGUGGAUGCGGCCUGGCAUGGGAGGCGGCAGAGGCAGCAGCACCAGUAGUGGUAGAGGGUCGAUCAGCGGUGCCUCGAGACGAGCCAGUGACUCGGUGGCUUACCACGAAGCGAGGCUCACUGCUAAGAUGUUGGAAGUACCCGUGAUGGAGGCUUUAGAGCUGCCAGAUUUGCUCAGCUGGAACAUCAAGCUCUUCACCUUGGACCGCUCUGAACUGGUCCGGCGAGCUUACAGUGUAUUCGACAGGUGGAGUUUCGUGGGGGAGGGUAAACUGGUGGAAGCAUCGAGGCUUUGGGGGUUCAUCAAUCUCAUUGCCAACGAUUAUCAUGCGGAUAAUCCUUACCACAACUUCUACCACGCCUAUCAGGUUAUGAGCUGCGUGGGUUACGUUAUGUUCAAUGCGGGGUGCUCAGUGCGCCCGGGCGGCCCUGCAGGGGGGCCUCGGGACGUCAUCUGUACGCCCCUAGAGGAGUUCAGUCUGCUUAUCGCUGCACUGUGUCAUGAUGUUAACCAUCCGGGCUUCAACAAUGAUUACUUCAUCAAGGGUAGGAAGCACCUGGCUGUUCGCUACAACGACAGUGCUGUGUUGGAGAAUAUGCAUGCUGCUCGAGCCUUUGAGCUCCUACUGGGUGGCGCUGUUGACUUUACUGCAACUUGGCCAGCAGCAGCAGCAGCUGAUGAGACUGGCGAGCCCAGCGACUAUGAGGUUUUCCGACAGACGGUGAUCUCGGUGAUUCUGGCGACGGACAUGAAGGCUCACUUUGAUAUUACUAUUAAACUACAGGAGUUACUCUUAGACCGCAAUGACGGUUCUAAGAGGGCAGCAAGAGAGUGGGUCGAUGGGGCUUUGGCUGAGACUAGGCCGACGCUGCUGAAGGGGAUUGUUCAUGCUGCGGAUAUAUCAAACCCCCUUAUGCCCUAUGAUGAAUACUACGAGUGGAGCUAUCGUGUUGUGAGCGAGUACUAUCACCAGGCGGAAGCUGAGAGGCUCGAGGGGCUUCCCUUCGCGCCGUUUAUGGCCCAUCGCCCGGAUGACGCUGUGGAGCUUGCUAAACUGCAAGUGGGGUUCAUCAACUUCGUCGUGAGUCCCCUGUGGAAUACUCUUGAUGGUCUACUGGACGGUCUGCAUGAUAGAGUUGAAGUGAUGGAGACGAACUUGCAGCGUAUGAAGGAAGUCGAGGACCGAGAGCAGGGACGACGGGACUCCUGUGCUGGCCAUGCUCAACUAGAUGAUAUCACCUCUGAAGAGGAAGCUGUUGUUGCUGACUGAUGCUGCCUCCAAGCUCUUCAUAUAGUGUCUGGUGUAGUCCUCCUAUUAAAAAGUAGGAGCGUCAGUCUUAUCCCUUCGUCCAUCUAUCAACGCUAAUCCCCGCUUGAGUCUACAUUGACUCUUGUUGCAGCAGGGUUGAAGCUAUGAAUAGCAAGUGAUCAGUUUACUACUCGCCACCGUCAAGGAGGUUAUUAUUGCUUUCUUCACCGACACUGCCAUCAUUAUCAUCAUAUCAGUUCUAUGUGGCUCGCAUAUCUCCCCCGCUUGCCUCUGUCGGUGUUGGUAGUCUCGGUGUGUUCUCUACCCGGUGACACCCUUCUUCUUAUACUAUAGUAGUGUCACCAUGGUGUUAUGGAUAGUUCGAUUGUAGUAGUCAUAUAGUGGCUUAGCCUGCUUCUUCUUCGUAGUACUAGUAGCCUAUGUAUUCACCAGAGCCCCUUCACCUCUUACUACUGGCUCAACGUAAUUGUGUUGUAUUUCUGUCUAGUCCCCCCCUCCUCUCUAGAAAUCAUCAUAGCAGUAUCGUGAUGAACUCAUUAUACUUCCUCAUCAAUUCUGUUAUUGUUAUUGCCCGUCGUCGUUGUCGUCUGCUGCUGCAGUCAGCUCUACCGAUGAUGAGUACUGGUUCCUAUCGAAGUUAUCACCGGUAUCAAACAUUAGGAAUAUCACUAUUCGCUUGCCUGAGUCCUCCUGCUACUACUUGUUACUCUUAUUAUCAUUGCUUGUCUUAAUACUGAUGUUGUUACUGACCUUCCAUUGCCUCUGCUAUCGUCCAUAGCCGCUGUCGGCGAUCGUGUAGUGGAUGUUCCUCAUUAUUACUCACCCGUAAUCGACGAGGAAGCGUGAGA